AUGUGUGAGGAAGGAGCCGCCAAGCUGCGCCUGAAGCCCCGGACGGCGCCGUCCGCCCGCGGCCGGGAGCGCAGCCCCGGCCCCGAGCCCCCGCCGCGGCCCCAGGCAUCGACUGACAGAUGUUCCUGGUUUGAAAAGGAAGAAUUAAAUGAGUGUGAAAAAACCUGGCUUUUGCUACUGAAAGACAUCAGUCAAGAUUCACACUGCACAAUCUGGGACACAGUGCCCAGCUUUCCAGAGUUCUUGGAAAAGAAACAACAGGAAAAGAGUCCAGAACGCCAGGAAGUCUUUACAGUCGGAAUAAAAGACUUUCAGUGGGUAUCAUUCCCAUCUUUUUACAAAGAAAAAUGUCUGAACCUCAAGGAUCUGAGCUCCCAGCAGCCAGCACAGAGCCAGAGCAAUGAAUUACAUAAAGGACAGGCAGAUAAACUGAAAAGCUUAUCAUCCACAGCCGAGAAAACCUGCAGGGGAACCAGUACAGAUCGAGCCAAAACCGUGUCUGGGGCAGACACAAAAGGUGUUGCAGAGCUGGCUGUGAGUCCUAAGUCACAUAAACUCCCUGGGCACAGCGGCUCAGCACAGCCCUCGGCCUUAGCAAGCCCUGCAGGAGCUCAGAGCCCUCAGCAGCACUGCACAGGGACUGCACAGAACAGCAGGGCACACGGGACAGAAACGGGUGAGGAAAAGCCUCAAACCCAAACACACCACGGGGAUCUUCCAGUGCGGGAGCCUGAGGAGAAGCCUCAGCUUGGGAGCGCUGCUGGGGCCCAGAGCCAUGAGGAGAACGGGGAAAAGCAGAGUGAGGCAGCUUCAGCUCUCGACAGUUGUCCAAUGUGCCUGAUGCAGUUUAGUGGAAGACUCUCCCAGCUGGACAUCGACGGCCACCUCGCCAGGUGCUUGUCUGAAAGUGCAGAUGAUGUCAUGUGGUAAAUCCAGAAGAGUGGAGAGCAAAGGAACAAGGCUGAGGAUGAAGCUUUCUCAAAGGAAAAGGACAAAUGUGCCAAGGAAGCACGUCCUUGUCUCUGACUUUAACCAGUAACUCAGUAGAAGGACAAGUGCCACCUGCCUGUUUGUACUUUGUAUUUUAAAGCCUCUCAAACGCAUGUAAAGUAGUUCUAGUUCUGAAAACAGUGCUCUGGGAUGUCCCAGAAACUCCCCAGGGAAAUCAGAUUUGGUACUCCUGGAGAAAAUCCACUUCUGGAAAUCCCUCUACCUUUGUCUGAUGCAAAAGACAACAGUUACUUACUCUAAUCCAAAAGUUUACUGGUUUGGUUUUUUCCUAAACAGAUAAUC